AUGCCGACCGAGCGCAAGAUGGACCUCAUCUCCAAGCUCCAGGACUUGGGAGAAGACGUGCCAACUGCCUGGAACACUCAGCAGAUCAAGGCCCGAUUGGCCGAGCUGAAGACUUUCCAGAAGGAAGGACAACAUGCUCUCCUGAAGAACCAACUGACCGAGCUCAAUCGUGCAGCUCGGAAGAAGGCAACUCUCAUCGUCUAUGCCCAGGGCUUGGAGAUCCCGGUGCGUCCCAACGACACCAUCAGCAGCGACCUGGUGAACUUCGGCAAGCACUCAGACAAGAAGUACAAGGAGAUCCUGGAGGAAUGUCCCUCCUAUGCAGAGUGGAUCCUAACCACAGCCGACAAGAACCCAGAGUCGUCGUGGCGCCUGAAACGACUGGCACAGUGGUUGAAGGUCACCAUGGAGGAACAGCACAUCACACAGUUCAAGAAGACCGAGAAGGAUCUCCCUCCGUCGGGAUAUCAUCCCCGCCAUGCCAAGGGGAAUCCAAGCGGAUCAUCGACCGACCUGUCCGACGGGUCCUUCCUGAAGAUCCAAACCGACGAUUCCGACUCCGAACUGAGUCGCUUGAAGACCGAACUGGACCAGCUCCGCUCAGAGAACAACAUGAUGGCUCUGCAAAUGUCGCGCAGCAAGUGCCGAACUGUCGCUGCCACCUAUAGUGAGGUGUCAGAUCCAUUCUUUUGCGUGGAAAACUCAGAGACAUGCCUGGUGAACGAGGGUGGAAUAUCUUCUGAAGAAAAGAUCAAAAUCAACAAUCUCCUGCGCCAUAUUCACAGUGUUACUGGACACGGCUCAGUAGAAACUUUGAUCAAGUCCCUCAAGAACCGGGGAGUUCCUGAGAAAGUUCUGGCGAUAGCAAGGGAGUUCCGCUGUCCUCUAUGCGAAGCGCGUAAGCGGGUUGUGCCACGAAGACCUGCUACUCUGGAGACUGCACCACUGAAAUGGCAGAGGAUACAAAGUGAUCUAGGUUCUUGGACUCAUCCUCAUACACAUCACAAGAUCAAGUUCAUCCUGUUUAUUGAUGAAGGUUGCCGUUUCAGAACAGGUCGCAUCUUAUUUGAGAACAGCCGGGAACAGGCCACCUGGCCCGUUGUGCGAAAAGCAUUUGAAGAGCUCUGGAUCUCGACCUUCGGGAGGCCAGAGGAAAUUCGUGCAGAUCCUGAGGGUGUGUGGCGCAGCGAUGAGGCCGCAGCAUACUGCCAAGAGCGUAGCAUGACGCUGACUCCAGUUCCGGCAGAAGCUCAUUGGCAAAUUGGAAUAGUUGAAGAAGCAAUCCAAGCGGUCAAACAUGUGUUGGACACCCUCACCACUGAAUUUCCUGACAUGGAGCUCUCAGAAUGUUUUGCACGGGCUAUUUGGGCAUGUAACUCUCGGGACAACUCCUAUGGGUAUUCUCCAGCUCAACAUGCUAUGGGUCGUAAUCCUGAUGAAUGGGGUCGCCUCUUUACAAGUAAAGUUCAGGGACAUCCAAUACAUCCACAACAACUGGUUGAUGGGGGCUUUGGUGACAAUAUCAAAGCAAUGGCCGCAGCAGAACAGAGCUUCAGCCGUUUCCAAGCGAAAGCACGACUUGCCCGAGCCGAAGCUGCAGGUCGAAGACCCAUGAAACAUUUUGUUCCUGGUGAUUUGGUUUUCUACUGGCGAAAACAGGUUCAAGGAGGACAAGGUCGUGGUUUUUCAUGGAGUGGUCAAUUUAUAGGUCCAGCCAGGGUGUUAGCUGUUGAGACUAGAGAGGAUGAACAAGGGCGUCUUCGACCGGGUAGUUGUAUAUGGCUUCACCGUGCCGGUCGCUUGAUCAAAGCCGCACCUGAACAAUUGAGGCAAGCCUCGAGCCGUGAAAGAGCUGUGGAAGAACUCAAGGGACCAUGCGAAAUUCCAUGGACUAUCACUUCCUUAGCCACUCACCCACACAGAAAGACUUAUUGGGACAUUUCUGCAGAAAAACCCACAGACCUACAGUGGCAAGAGGCUAGCGAUCAUCCGACAGGUGGCCGGCGGUACAGUAGCAAGAAGCGUCCGACCGUAGAUCAACCUGCGGAAUCUCCAUCUCAACCUAUGGAGGAUAUCACCGCAGAUCCACAGUUUGCAGAUGACGAUGUGGAGAUGAAAGCGGAAGACACCACCACCAAACCAGUAUCUGAACCUGAUGAGGCCAUGUUAGCAGUUGAGAUCUCCAUCGACAUACCAAAUUCAAAACGUGGUGUGAACAAGUUCAUCGAGGAUCCUGUAGCUUUUGUUGUGAAUCAGAUGAAGCGAAACACAGUAGAAGUGCGGGAAAGAACUUUGACGGAUGAAGAAUUGGCUCAGUUUAAACUAGCAAAAGACAAAGAAGUACGUUAUUUUUGGGAGAUCAGCCCCCAAUACAAUGUCAGAAGCGAUUCCACGUGCUUGAUGUACGUACUGAGGAUGGAUAGCACGCGUUACUUGGCGGUGGCCAAUUACCAGGACAGCGUUUCUUCCCACAACACCGAUUCAAAGAUCUACAGGUGGGACGGUUCAUCUUUUACAGAGUUUCAGACCUUGGCCACAAAUGGAGCUUGGUGGUGGGAGGCCUUCACCAUCGAUGGCACCCAUUACUUGGCGGUGGCCAAUACCCACAACGAUGUUACCCACGACAUCGAUUCAAAGAUCUACAGGUUUGAUGGCUCAUCUUUUAUAGAGUUUCAAUCCUUGGCCACAAGUGGAGCGCGAGAGUGGGAGGUUUUCACGAUUGAUGGCGCCCACUACUUGGCUGUGGCCAAUGGUUACACCGAGGACUCCUGGACCCACAACACAAAUUCAAAAAUCUACCGCUGGGAUGGCUCAUCGUUUGCAGAGUUUCAGACCUUGGCCACAAAUGGAGCUUGUGGAUGGGAAGCCUUCACCAUCUCUGGCACCCAGUACUUGGCAGUGGCCAAUAACUACAACGAUAAGUCCUACAGCAUUGACUCGAAGAUCUACAGGUGGGAUGGCUCAUCGUUUGUGGAGUUUCAAUCCCUGGCCACAAAUGGAGCUCAUGGAUGGGAGGCUUUCACACUCGAUGGCGGCCAUUAUUUGGUGGUGGCUAAUAGCUACAAUGGUGCUUCCCACAGCACCGAUUCGAAGAUCUACAGGUGGGAUGGCUCAGUGUUUGCAGAGUUUCAGGCCCUGGCCACACAUGGAGCGUUGGGAUGGAAGGCCUUCGCCAUUGAUGGCACCCAGUACUUGGCAGUUGCCAACAACUACAACGAUGCUUCCUACAACAUCGAUUCAAAGAUCUACAGGUGGGAUGGCUCUUCAUUUGCAGAGUUUCAGACCUGGGCCACAAACGGUGCUUGGUGCUGGGAGGCCUUCACCAUCGAUGAUACCCAGUACUUGGCCGUCGCCAAUUACUACAGUGAUUCAAUUAUUUACACGCUGACAAUCACAACAACCACCAUCAGCACUUCCUUCACCACCAGCACGAGCACUUCCAGCACCUCCCUCACCAGCACCACCACAGCCACCAGGAGCAGCACCAGCACAUCUGUCACCAGUACCAGCACUACCACUUCCAGCAACUCCCUCACCAGCACCACCACAGCCACCAGGAGCAGCACCAGCACAUCCGUCACUUCCAGCACUUCCAUCACCAGCACCACCACUCGGACAGAAGGGCCUUCUGCGUUGGAAUCGAGCCAGUUCGUGUUUGCAGAUGCUGGUGCGUGGUGCCUCGGUUUUCUGGCCUUGUACCUCUUGGCCAUAGCAGUGGUUCUUCUCAUGGCCCACCUGUGGGCAAAGACCGGGGAACCAACCCAGCACCCCAUUGGGCAUCCCACCCCAGAGAAUGACGAGCCCCAAGAGUCCCAAGAACAUCAGAAAUUUCAAGAGCCUCACUCCCAAGGGCAGCAAACGGAGGAGGCAACACCAGGCAAAGCCAACCAGGAAAGAGAGGAGAUGCCGAUCUCGCGGAUGAUCCGGCGCUCACCCUACGUGCUGGCACUGAACAUGGUUUUGGAGUCCGGAAAUUUGGUGUCGUCGCUCCUUUAUGUAACUGAAGCUUACCAGUGCUCGGCAUUGAUUGGCUUCAGCAGUGCCUGUGGCUCCGGCGUUCUGGUGCCGCUGAAGGCUUGGAACUGCCCAAGUGAGACCGCAGCUUUACACUUGCCUGCUUGCCACAACAGCCUGGCGCUGGGAGAGUGGUGCGAAGCAGACAGUGAGGUCGCAUCACCCGAUUGCCAAGUUGAGACCGAUCUCGACAACUGCGGGAAGUUCGACGUCUACACGAUGCAAAUGCCACCCUGCGCUGAUAUCGGGUGCCCGACUUUGGCUACUGGUCUUUGGUUCUUCGCGCUUUUGUCCCUGGUGCUCACCAUCGCGUGGACCGCGGCCUUCUACACCCGAACGUUGCUGAAACGAUUGGUCCUGCAGCAGCAGUGGCGGAUGCGUGCCUUCGUUUUCAUGACGGUCCUGGGCAUCCAGACGAUCAUCAUCUACAUGGUUGGCUUCGUGGGGGGAAGCAGCUCCGUACUGGCUAUGGCCUUCCUAAACCCAUUGCUUCUGUUGGCCGCUUGGAGUUUGGCUCUUGGCGUCACCUUCACGCCAGGGGUGGAGAAAGAGGCAGUUGUAGUGAAAGGGGCCGCCUUGGAAAUACCAUUUUUCAACGCGCUGCUGGCCAUGCACUUGAAGCCCAGAGAAGUUGAGGAGAUCCAGGAUUUCCGUGGACCUCUCAACACCGGACUGCGGCUUGUAGAGGACAUCCCGGAGCUCCUGAUCGGUGGCCUCGACUUGCUCUACUUUGGGGGUGCUUGGUAUGCCUGGUUGGGAAUCGCCUGCUCUAUGAUGAUGAUUUUGUUUCACCUUUUUGUCGGGAUUUUCCUGACUUGUCGCCAGUCGGCCAUGUGGGUCGCCCAAAUCGGCCGCCCGCUCGAGACAGAAUGAGGCUGCGAGGGCAGCCAGGAACGUUCUGUCGGAAUUUUGAUGGACUUGGUUUUUCUUUGAAGCGGUUCAAGACUAGCCGGGUCCAGGUGGCUAGGCCGGGUUUCCUCGGGAACGCCUGAGCUGUAAGAGCCUGGAAAAGCUCGGGUCAUCGUGAUGGACGUUGGCUCGGGCACCGAUUCCUAAUUCCCUCUUGUGCCCACGUAGAAAAAACGUGCUGUGCCGAGGAAUCAUUGUUAUUAUUGCAUGCUGUGAUAUGGUGUGUGUAUAAAUAUCCAGCGCUUGAUCAAAACCCUUGCAGUUUGCUGCACAAGAUUUGGCGGUGCUGAAUGUCCAGCGCACACCGGAGAUGA